GUAUUCAUUGUACUGUAGCGUUAACCUCGAUACCAUACCCUUUAAGUGUGCACUUAAACUUAGCAAUGAGGAAGUUUGCACAGUGUCUGACGACAUCAUGUUUACAUUAUAGUAUGGAGUUUUAAAAGUGAAAGUUGGGUUCAUAUUUAAACCAGAGGCGACUAAACCAUGGCGUACCAAGCGUUUCGCACUAACGGCGCCCCGACGUAUUAUGACGCGAAUCCGACAGCUUGGCAGGCGGACAUUUUGGAAGCGGGGCUUAUCUUCGCCUUUUGUAUCGUGGCCGUGUCUUUCUACAUUAUUCUUCCCGGCAUCCGGGGGAAGGAGAAAUUGUUCACAUUCAUCAGGGUCACCGUUAGCCUCUAUAUAGGAGCCGUUAUUGUGUUAACAAAUUGGAGUUACACAUGGGAGACGGGGGCGAUGCAUACCAAGACCAAAUACAAGGCGGGCACCGGCAAGGAAAUCACAGCCGACAUCGGUGUCAACAUCGGCCUCCGUGGGGUCAAUAUCACACUCAAAGGUGAUCCGGAGCAUCAGCUGAACGAGACGAUCAACUACAACGAACACUUCGGGUGGGAGUGGGAACAGGGCCGACUCGGCUUUGGUCCUUUCGCUGGUCCGUUCAACCAGGAGUACCGCGCCGCCCAAUUCCGGGGACUGCCGCUACCCAUCCUCUGGAUCGCCGAGUACUUCACGUUCGACGGCGAGGGUAUCCGCUGGGGUCGCCACUACAGACAGGCAGGCUGGUUUGCGCAUAUAUCUUUGUGGUUUUGUUUCCCGAUGUGGCUGCUGACAAACGUGUUGUUUUUCGUGCUGAUCAAGUACGGCGCGAUCAGCCUGGCUUUCACGGGCCUGUGUAUGGUGGUCGCAAACAUCCUGUGGUCGUCGUGGCGCAACGUUAACGACCUCCGAAUCCCCUGGGAGGCCGGCGUCAUGGAGUUCAAAUACGGCGGGUCGUACUACAUCUGCCUCAUCACAGGUGUCGUAUGCAUGAUUGCCGGGCUCUUUAUCUACAUCGUUGACCUGUGUCGUCCCGAUUGGGCCACGACGUUCUUCGGUGUCGACGUUUUGCAGGACGACGAGGACAACCUUGUUUCCGACAGACGCAAAGGUGAGGAGGAGGAGCCGCGUGCUAACGGCAACAAUGACGCCAUUGAGAUGCGGGCAAUAGACGGCGGUGGCUCUUCUGGGAGCGGACCCAUGCGACCACCCAUCGCCAAACCUAUGCCGGCCCAGGCCUUAAUGGAGGAGGCGGCAGAGGAGGAGGACGAUGAGGAAUUGUAUGCGCCACCAGAACCGGUUCAGCCACCCAGGUAUGAGAAGCAGAAGUCUCGUGGUCUGACAAUCAAGAAGUUCCAGAGGUCGCGGCGCCACCGCGCCCCACCGCCGAUUCCGGGAGAAGAAGACGAGCAGGAGAUGUACGUUAACGAGAGGUACAACGUUGGUGCCGGUGACGUGCGGAUAAAUGUGCCUUAGCCCAACAACUAGAUGGGUUUUUUUUCGCCACGUAUAAAGAGAGGAAUCAAAAUACAGCCGAAAUCCGACAGAUAUUGACUUAAGAAGCUUUGCGUUAUUUUGUUAGCUAAAAAUGUGAAAGAAAGCAAGAUUUAGAAACGACAGAAACCGUAAGAAUCAUGUGAUUGUUGGGAAAUGUAUGUGCAAUGUUUGCUAUCGCCAUUUUUGUUACGCCAUGCUCUUCCUGGUUUCAGGGAACACAGGGCUUAUCCUUGAGGAUAUGAAUCUAACCAGACUGCUGAUUUCAUUUUUAAAGACGUGUGCAUGUGCCCUCCGUACCUGACUGCACACUUGCUAUAAACCUUUUGUGCUUAACACAUAAUUUAUACUUGUGAUUUUUUUUUCAAUUCAUAAGAAAGUAUGAUUACUGUGUAAUAGAAGAACUAUAAGAUGUAUUAAUGAUUUUAUCAUAAUGCUAAAAUUAUAAUAAACGAUCCUAUUUCCAUUUCAUGGUGAAUUUGCUUCAUAAAAAACAAACAUUUUUAUUGUUGUAUGUUUUAAUAAAUUAUAUUUUAUAUUUUAGUGAUUCACAAUAUAUCAAUAAUAUAAUCGAAUAAAUAUUCUACAAAACUG